AUGUCAACCUUAGCCUCCCAAAUAUGCAAUCAGAUAAGCUCCGUCUUCACCAACCCCACCACCACACCACCACCUCUCGACAUCCUAGUUGAAGAAAUCUCCUGCGCCGCCGCCCGUAACGGCAAGAUCUUCGUAUACGGAGUGGGCCGGGAGGGCCUCAUGCUGAAAGCCCUCUGCAUGAGACUGGCCCACCUGAGCCUCUCGGCCCACUGCAUCUUCGACAUGACCACCCCCCCAAUUUCCCCCCGCGACCUCCUGAUCGCCUCGGCGGGGCCCGGCGGGUUCUCCACCGUCGAUGCGAUCUGCGGCGUGGCUCGAUCCAGCGGCGCCCGCGUGUUGUUGCUCACAGCUCAGCCCGAGUCCGGAUCGUCUGUGGCGUACGCGAGCGUAGUCGGUCAUGUUCCGGCGCAGACUAUGGCGGACGAUGAAGCGGGAGAAUCCCGGCCGCUGCUUCCGAUGGGGAGUCUAUACGAAGGGGCUCUGUUUGUGUUGUUUGAGAUGGUGGUUUUUAAGCUGGGUGAGGUUUUGGGGGAAGGGCCUGAGGCAGUUCGAGCUCGACACACCAAUUUAGAGUGAGAAGAUCAGCUGGUUAUUUAGCAGUGAUUGGAAUGCUUUUGUAUAAUAGUAAAAGAUUUGCUUCUAGUUGCCUCUCUGUUUUAACGAGUGUAUAAAAAUUCACUUGCUCA